AUGGCUCAAACUAGCGACUUACCUGUCAAGAAUGUGACCACUGUCCUUAGCAAUGACAACAUUACUGGUGUUGGUUUCGUCAGCCCCGAAGCUGGUGCUGCUAGAGGCAAGACCAUCAAUAAUCUUCUAGGUGACCCACGGGAAGAGUUUAAGCCAGAAUCCAAAUUAGAAAGCGAGUUGGCAGAUAUGCCCGCAGGUAGUGAUACUUCAGAUGAUGAUACCCUAGUACUUGAGGAAAUGCUGGUACUCACUCGUCAAGUUACGAGCGAAAUUGAAUGGGAUGCUAAGUUCGAUGCCGAGACCAGAUACAGAGCAUACUUCAAGCACUUACCUCCCUUCGACGAAUAUGAUCUAAAAGUAGUUGGCAAAUGGAAAUACGUCUUGGAAAACUUGUUCCUCUACGAUGAAGGGUACAAAUGGUUGAUCAAAAACUAUGGAAAAGAAACUCCAUCUCCUAAUAUUGAAAUGGCACGCUACAAAGGUAGGGACGCUGAAAUAUACUUCUCAAGAUUUGACUUCCAUCUAGAAAGAGCAGUUACUGCGGUUAGGCUUAUUGUUCCAGACUAUACAAGAAAACGUUUCAGAAGCUUUUUGACUUGGCUUAAUCUGGUAAUCCAGAAAAAGGCUGAUGCAAUUCUUCGUUAUCAAGUCAAACUAUAUUUCAAAUGGAGAAUGAAUAGAACCCUUUCAAAAAACUACGCAUCAUCGAGUGACGCGCAGGAGGAGCUAAUGGACGAUGUUGUCCCUAGAGAGUUAUCCACAUUCCUUCUGUCAAAAAAUAAGUUUGGAGCUUAUGAUAUAUAUCUCAAUCCCCCUAAAGGAAAAUAUGCAGAGCGGGCCGUGAUGGACGAAAUUGUUACGAGCUAUAAAGAGUUUUGCAAUUUCACUCCAUAUAUUCAGGAGAUAAUGACCGAUUUAAACAUUCCAGAAAGCAGUAUGAAACUCACACAAGAGGCUAUGAUUCUGGCAAUAAGAAUGUAUGCAGACAUGUCUCAAAAUCUUCAUGCUAACCAUGAUGAAAUCAAUUAUAAUGGAUUUAUUCAUUGGGAAAGGGCACCAAAAAGAAAACGGGCAAAUAAAGGUAAUCAUAAACGCAAGCCACAGAAAUAA